AUGAAAAAUUGGCGGUGGUCUGUUACGUCAUCAAUUCUAGCAAAUGAGGAACAUCUUCCUACUCGCCAUAAAGUCACAGUCGACAGUGAUCAAGCGAAAACGAUCAAUCGAACGAGGAUGAUCAGUGUCACGUCGAAGACCGUUGAUGGAAUCUCACCAAUGGAUCAACCACGUUUUUCUAAGGGGAAGAUGAAGAAAACGCCUGCUACCGCUGGUCUGUUUGAUGUGAUGCGAUAUUCUGACUGGAAGGAUUAUCUACUUCUUAUUUGUGGACUAUUACUGAAUUUUCUCAAUGGAGCUGUUAUACCAUUCAACUCUUUUGUUUUUAAAGGGAUGUGCGACACGUUAAUAUCUGGAGAGCGGGAUCACGCGAACGGAGAACUCGACAUAGAUCAAUUCACGAGAGAUGUUUUAUACUACUGCAGUCUAUACUUUUAUCUGGGAAUAAUACUUUUGUUGUUGGGAUAUUUCUCGAAUGCUGCUCUCUUCACAUUGUGCGAACGUCGUGUGCAUUGUAUUCGAGGGAAAUACCUUAGAGCGGUAAUGCGUCAAGAUAUGGAAUGGUUCGAUACGCAACAUGCGGGAGCGUUAACCACCAAGAUGAGCAGUGGAAUCGAACGUAUAAAGGAUGGAAUCGGUGACAAAUUGGGGCUGAUUUUAUCAGCUAUAGGAACGUUCAUUUGCGGAGUUACACUUGGUUUCUGUUUGAGCUGGCAGAUGACGUUGGUAAUGUUAUUCACGGUGCCUGUGCUACCUGGGGCUAUGUACGUUUCAGCCAAGUUACUAUCGAGGGCUGCAAAAUCGGAAACCUACGCAUAUUCGACAGCAGGAGCGCUGGCUAAUGAGGUGAUCGCAGGGAUUCGUACCGUAAUGGCCUUCAACGCUCAACCUAAUGAAAUUCACCGCUAUGAAAAAGAGCUAAAGACGGCGCGGAGGCUCGGUAUCCGUAAAGCCAUCACUCUUGCAUUUUUUGCAGCAGUUCCCCUGUUCCUAAUGUUUGCAGCGAUGGCUGUUUCCUUCUGGUACGGUACAAAGCUAGUUGUGGAUGGAGUGAUGACACCUGGAACAGUAUUCAGUGUUUUUUGGGCGGUAGUAUAUGGUACUAGAAGGUUGGGUGAUGCACUUCCUCAAAUGAGUGUGAUUGUUGGUGCAAAAUUGGCAGUUGCUGACAUAUUUUCCAUUAUUGAUAGGGUGCCAGACAUUGACAGCAUGGAGUUAGAUGGUUUUACUCCGGAAGAAAUCACGGGACGUCUAACAUUCACACACGUUGACUUUUCUUAUCCCACAAGACCAACGGUGAAAAUUCUCGAUGACGUAAGCUAUGAGGUGAAUCCUGGAGAGACAGUAGCUUUAGUAGGACAUUCCGGUUGUGGGAAAUCAACGAUGGUCGGACUUUUGUUGCGAUUCUAUGAGCAAAUUGCAGGAGUGAUUUCCCUUGACGGAAUUCCACUUCGGGACUAUAACAUCACUUGGCUCAGAAACACUAUCGGUGUCGUCCAGCAAGAACCUGUGAUUUUCGUCGCAACUGUGGCAGAAAACAUUAGGAUGGGUGAUGAUACUCUGACUGACGAGGAUGUGGAAGAAGCUUGUCGACUUGCUAACGCUCUCGGAUUCAUUAGGAAGCUUAGCGAUGGUUUCGAUACCGUAAUCGGUGAGGGAGCCGUGCAGCUUUCCGGUGGACAAAAACAACGCAUCGCCAUAGCGCGCGCACUCAUUCGCAAGCCACUGAUACUUCUUCUCGACGAGGCCACCAGUGCGCUGGACUCAGAAAGUGAGCAUGCUGUGCAAGAAGCUCUUGAUAAGGCGCGGCAAGACCGAACAACGCUUUGCAUCGCUCACAGGCUCUCCACUGUCAGAAAUGCCGACAAAAUUAUCGUUUUAGAGGAAGGACGCAUUGCGGAAAUGGGAACUCAUGAUGAGCUCAUGGCGAUUGAAGACAGCAUUUAUUCCGGAAUGGUGAAAGCUCAGGAAAUCGCUAAAGGCCAAGAAGACACCACACUUGAUGAUGUGGAUCCGGUAGAAAUAAGACGAGCAGUCACUAGAGAAAAGCAGUCCACCGAAGAAGAGACACAAGCUCGCGCAAGCCUGGCCAGGGAAUCCGCUAGGAUUCGACAAAGUAUGAUUAGCACUUCGACGCACGAAACCGAAUGGGAAAUUGAGAGUGCUCGUGAGGAUAUGCUGGAAGAAGGCGCUAUGGAAGCUUCACUUCUCGAUAUUUUCUCCUAUGCGAAACCAGAGCUUCCAAUGGCUUUGGUGGCUCUGAUCAUCACAAUAAUACGUGGAUUGACAUGGCCACUGUUCUCUAUUGUUUAUGGAAAAUUUUUCUUGUUAUUAUCGAGUUCUGAUCCUGAAACUCUAGCUAGCGGCAGUGUCACUAACGCAAUUCUCUUCAUGGCACUUGCUUUUGUCUCCGGAAUAACUACUUUCUCUUCUGGAUCGCUGUUCGGUAUCACUGGAGAGAAAAUGGCAAUGCGAUUAAGGAUGGACGUCUUCAAGAAUAUUAUGCGCCAGGAUGCCUCCUAUUUCGACGAUCCGAAACACAACACAGGAGCUUUGACAACACGUUUAGCUACAGAUGCGCCGAAUGUGCAAGCGGCCAUUGACCAGCGUCUUGCUGAGGUAAUGCAAGGGAUUUCCGCCCUCAUAGCAGGCAUUAUCAUUGCAUUCUGCUAUGGAUGGAACGUUGCACCAUGUGGUUUGGCCACUGCUUUGUUUCUAGUGAUCACUCAGUCAUCUGUCGCUCAAUACCUUAAAUUCCGAGGACAAAAGGACUUGGAUUCGGCAGUGGAAGCAAGCAGAAUAGUGACCGAAUCAAUAUCAAACACAAAAACCAUUCAAGCCUUGUGCAAAGAAGGAUAUAUGUACGACGCAUAUUGCGCUGCUGCUCGCGAACCCCAUAGAAGAACUCUAGUUCGAGGCCUAUGGCAAUCGUUAUCUUAUGCACUGUCGAACAGUUUCGUAGUGAUGAACUUCGCAAUCGCCUAUGCUUUCGGUUUGUGGUUGAUCAAAAAUGGAUGGAGCACCCCGUUCACUGUGUUCCAAGUGAUUGAGGCACUGAACAUGGCCUCAUACAGCAUGAUGACCGCCGCCUCCUACUUUCCAGAAUACAUUCGUGCUAGAAUUUCAGCCGGUGUAAUGUUUACCAUGAUGCGGAGGCGACCAAAGAUUGAUAACAUGAGCCAUCAAGGAGAGAAACCGGACAUCAAAGGAGACAUCAGCCUCAGGAAUGUCUAUUUUUCUUAUCCGGCACGACGGCGAGCGCUUGUCCUGCAGGGAAUGAAUCUUACGGCAAAGCACGGCCAAACUGUCGCCCUUGUCGGCGCCAGCGGCUGCGGAAAGAGCACUGUAAUUCAGCUCGUUGAACGCUUCUAUGAUGCAUUAUGCGGCAUUGUGAGUAUCGACAACUAUGAUAUCCGUGAUUUAUCGAUCCGUCAUAUAAGAGAACGCAUGGCACUUGUCGGACAAGAACCUACACUGUUCAACAUGACAAUACGCGAGAACAUUAUGUACGGUUUGGAUCGAUGCUCGAAAGAAGAGAUAGAAUAUGCUGCUAGCCUUGCCAACAUCCACGACUUCAUCGUUAGUCUACCUGAGGGCUACAACACAAUGGUUGGCGCCAAGGGUGGCUUGUUAUCUGGUGGACAAAAGCAACGUAUUGCUAUUGCCCGAGCUAUCGUCAGAGACCCGAAGAUACUACUGCUUGACGAGGCCACCAGUGCUUUGGACACUGAAAGCGAGAAGGUGGUGCAAGAAGCUCUUGAUAAAGCACGGCAAGGUAGAACUUGCUUAGUGAUCGCUCAUCGGCUAUCGACAAUCCAGAACGCCGACGAAAUAGUAGUGUGCCGUGAAGGCCGCGUCGCUGAACGUGGAACUCACCAAACAUUAUUAGCACGGAAAGGUAUCUACUAUAAGCUUGUUGAACGACAGAAUCGCUGA